CUGGGCAUUUAUAUAUAUUCAAAUGACUAUAUACUACGUAUGCAGAAUAUAUGGUAUAUUUUCACAUUUCCCAACAUUCAUAUCCUUUUAAUUUGUUAUUUGUGUAAUUUUAAUAUCGUAUUGAAGAAUAUCAAUAUGUGGGUUUCGAGGCUCGGUAUUUCUGUUAAGUCUGAAUAUGAACCAAACAACUCUCAAAGUCUGCCAAGUUCACUUUAUAGAAUUAUAAGCGUCCAAAGCUUAGUUGAAAUAUACAGAUCAAUCGCAGCGCGUAAUACCAAGAGAACCCGACAUUACCCAUCCACAGUUGGUGCGAUGGAGGAGAUCUCCGACGUCGACGCACAUGCGGAUAUUGAAGUGCCAUGUGUAUCGUUUGUAUCACAAUUACAAUAAAGUUUUGGAUAGUUCAAAACUUUAUUCAUGU